AGCGAUAGUGACGCAGUCGUCUUGCCGCCGCCGUCCCAAACGUCCGCGCGGUCGUCCUCGAUCUUCCCGUACCAUCCCGACGCGAUGGCCGCCGGCGCGAAGCCCGAUACCGCCGCGCCCCCGCAAGCGCCUUCGGCGGCGAAGGGGGUCUUCAUGCGCCGCAUCUUCCCCUUCCUCCUCGCGACGAACGUCUUCAUCGGAGUUUAUGUAUUUGCCAAGACCUACAAAAGAGACCAGGAAAAGAAAAAUGCUCAGACUACUGCCGCUGCAGCAUUGUCAUCCCCAGCAAGUACAUCUGCCAAGGCUCCAGAUCCUGCUCCUGCACCUGCGCCCGAAUCGGUUCUCCCACCUCUAUCCGAAGAUGAGCAGUGGAAUCUGUACAAAUGGAUUCUGGAAGAGGAGCGGAAGAUCAAACCACGCAACGCCACUGAGAAGAAGAAGAUCGACGAGGAGAAAGCUCUUCUCAAGGAGAUAAUUCGGGACAAAUCUCUCCCUCGUUUGUGAUGGUUACAUCGGCUGUCCUUCUGAUCUUGAUUUUUUUUCUUCUCUCUCCACCUGCAGUCCAUUGAGGACAACAUCUGAAACUAUGUGCCCUGUUAGUUAGCAAAACCGUUAGCAUUUCUUUGCACUAUCACAUCUCUUCAUUUGACAAUAAGAAGGUCGAGUUGUUUUGCUC